AGUGAUUCACGAGUUACUUCCCCUGUAUGCCUGCCCAUCGUAGAUGAUAUACUGUUUACUAAAUCUAUUAAAAUUAUACCAGAAAAAAAAUUAUCAAGAUCUAACACAAUUAUAAAUUAAAAAUGUCAUCUUUUAAAGAAAAGGAAAAAGCAAAAGAACAGCAGGAAAAGUUUCAGGCCAUUCUAUCAGCCCUUUUAAAAGAUGAGGACAAUAAAUAUUGUGUCGACUGUGAUGCGAAAGGACCUAGGUGGGCAUCAUGGAAUCUAGGAAUUUUUCUUUGCAUUCGAUGUGCUGGCAUUCAUAGGAACUUAGGUGUUCACAUCUCUAAAGUUAAAUCUGUCAACUUAGAUACAUGGACACCUGAACAAGUUUCUAUGAUGCAAGAAAUGGGAAACAGCAGAGCUAGGGCUGUGUAUGAAGCUAAUAUUCCAGAUGGCUUCCGUAGACCUCAGACAGAUUCAGCUCUAGAGGCAUUUAUAAGAUCCAAAUAUGAACAGAAAAAAUAUAUAGCACAAGAAUGGGUACCCCCACAACCCAAAGUUCCUAAAGAGUUGGUAGGUUCUUCGUGGUUAGAUGAUUCAAAAGGAGAUAAAAAGAAAGUCAAAACAAAGCCCAUAGCGACUCCGCUGCCAAUUACCAAUCUUAACAAACUGGGCGUAUCAGCACCAGCAGGAGAUUCCAAUAAAGUAAACCAGCCUCCCAAACCUGAACCAGUUAAACCAUUGGUAGCCAAGCCUGAGCCAGUGUCUAGUGUUGCAUCAAAUGAUUUGUUAGGACUAGAUAUAGGUUACGGAUUGCCAAAUGCUACGAAAGCAGCUGCCCCCCCACCUGUCUCUGGCAGCAAUGAACUUCUUGAUUUGUUUGGUGGAGACAGUGGACCUGCACAGGCUCCCCCCAAUAGUGACUUGAUGAAUGGUCAGAUGGAUGGCAGCUUGUUUGGUGAAGACCAGAACUCUGGUAGCAGUGACAAGAAAGCAACAACCAAAGAUUCUAUUAUGGCGCUUUUUGGUGGGGCACCGACUCCGCAGGCACAAAUGUAUGGUAUUCCAGGUGGGGUCUACAUGCCUCCCCAGCAACAGAUGUACCCUGGCAUGGUCAAUCAACCCCAGCAAAUGAUGGGACCAAACGUGUUGAUGGGACAGACGCCAGCAAUGUUGGGGCCAGGAAUGGGUAUGAUGGGACAGCCAGCUAAUAUACGACAGCAGGCGAUGAUUCGACCAUCUCCAGUUAUGGUCAAUCCAUCCCCUUUAGCUCAACAGAUGCCCAUGUACAGUUCCCCAAUGAUGGGAGGCAACCCAGGCAUGUACACACCACAGCAGAUACAGCAGCUUCAGUUCCAACAGAUGCAGCAGCAGAUGUCAACUCUCCAAUUAAACCCACAGACAGCACAAAGCACUACAGGCUGGGGGAAGCCUAGCUCAGGACAGACUCUAUCAACCAACCUAUGGCAGUAAAUUUCAUAAUCAAGGACACUGUACUCCAAGCAUUUUAAACAAUAUCUUUUUUUUUAAAUCGGGGACAGCUUAUGAUAUAAUUACUUUUUAUUGAUAGCACUUCUUUCUGAUUAAAACAACGACAACAAAAAUUGUUUAGAAAAUUGGAAAUUCUAGAAAUUUGGUAACAAGCUAUACAUUGAAAAUGAAAAGGGCAUGAAGUUGUUUUGUAAAAACUUACAGUAUGUUUUAAUCUGUAUGGCUGGGUGGGGUGAAAGUGUCCCUUUAGGUGAAAAUAACAAUGUAUAUUAGUGUACCAUAUAUAUAUGUUGAAUGUACUGUUUUUACAAGCUGGAUGCAUGAGAUAUUUGGGUAAUCUGUAGAAGUUGGUGUACAGACGUUAAAAAAUGGUAAAAACGUUUUGUCAGAGAGGGUUAAGCUUAGUGUUUAAAGAAAUAAAUUACUGUUUUUCACCAUGACAAUACUACUAAAGAAAAAAAAGUAGAGCCCUUGCUGCCAGGUAUUACUAUACUUCUAGAGAUUUCCUGACUAUUUCGUUAAGUUGCACAUGUGUAUUAAAUUAAUUUUUUUUUUUUUAUUUAAGUCAAAACACUUUUACUUUCAGAAGAGUAAAACAUUAUAUUGUGUUCUUGUGUCAUAGCACUGUCCAAACUUUAAGCACUGGUACUUUUUAUUCAAUGUUUAUAAUUGAAUCUAGACAUUCCACUAGCUUUUUUUUUCUUUCUCUUAAGUACCGGUUCUUUUUUGUUUGUUUUCAUUUUAUUUCACACAAGCAACCUUUGAAAACACAAAAUGUACACAGGUGAAUUUGUUCCUUUUUUUUUUUAAACACGUGUCACAGCAUUCUAAGAAGUCUGGACCGCCAAUUUUCUUUCAAAUUGUAAAAAAACAACAACAAAUAACUUGAUAUAUCUAUAUGUAAUUACCUGGACUUAUUUAUCAUAUUGUAUAUUUUAUGUUAAAAAAAAAGAUAGACAUUUUUGUUAAACUUGUAUUGUUAUGAAAUUGAAUUACAUAAGAUGCUAGUACUGACAUAAUAUACAUAUGUUUCUUUUCACACAUAUAUUUGAUACAUGUUUUUUAGUUCAAAAAUUAUUGCAUCAUCCUCAUUUUUUUUUAAUGGGUAAGAAUGUUUUUAUCUUGGGUUUUCUGAGUUGUAAUUUUUCAUAAUACUUAUUUUACAAUCAUCUAAAAUUAACCAAAGUAUGGGCACUCUAUUCAGAUUUGGCAUUCUUUCACUAAUAUAGCAUGCAUAUUCAUAAAAAAAAAAAUAGCUGAGAAUAUUUAAUUGUGAACUUGUCUACCCUUUAUUAUUAAAUUGAAUUGUAUGCAAAUUGCAACAUACAUACACUGUAUUUUUAAUACUCAGACUUACGAUAAUUUCUGUGGGGGAAAAGUUAUUUUCCUAAGGCUUAUUAACUGACUACUAUACUAAUUUGCAUGAUGCUAUGUUACCUUAGAGUUGAAUUAGUCUUGGUGUUUUUGUAACUGUAGGCUCCUAUCAACUAGAGCUAUUUAUUUUUACACUGGCAGUAUAUAACUGUGUUGUAGCCCCACUUCAUUUUGAUCCAGUAUCCAAAUGGCAGUUUAAUAACUCAAUAAAAUGUCGAAAUCUAUUUUUUUUUCUUGGUGUUUGUUUUUUAAAAUAAAUAUUGACUUGACAAUAGACAUUUCUUAUUUUUAAGCUACAUAAUAUAUACGAAUUCACUUUCAAUAUUAUAUGCACUUGCAGAUGUUUAGAGAUAAAUUAUUAUUUAUAUUUACCUUAGACUGUCAAAAAAAACAACAACUAAAAACCAUCAUGAUCUUUGUAAAAUACAUUGAGGAAAGUCUGCACAUUAGAGUUGUUAACACCUUGGUUUAUUUAUAGUUUAACCCUUGUCACUAUGAUUACAAUUGUAUAAAUAUGUAUACUUUUAUUCAGUAUUUAUUUUGUUUGAUUCCUUUCCUGUGGUUUGUGGUUUUGUUUCUUCAUGCUGUGCAUUGUUGAUGUUUAUCAAAUCCUUGUUGUUUGCUACAUUUAUGGACAUAUCCUUUAUACCUAGAAGAAUGUGUAGAAAUGCACUAUAAACACACACACAGACUUGUCUUCAAAAGUGUUAGAUUUAAGUAAUAUGAAAGAAGAAAGUGCUUUUAACUUUAUAUAGCUAGGAAUAUGUACAAUCUUAGCUCCACAAAUCAUCUAAGGUCAUCAUUAAGAGGACGCUUCAUGUAUCCAUCAAGCUUUAUCCAUCACAAAGGGAUGAGAACUUCUUUUUAUAAAGUUUAAUAAGUGUCUUAAAGUAAAGUACACAGUUUUAUAAGAAAAUUCUUGUCUGUCGGCUACUAGUGAGUUUACUAGGGCUUCUUUACUUAGACUAAUAUUUAGUCAUAACUUUGUGUACAGAAAAAAGAUUUUUUAAAUCCAAUAACAGCAUCACAGCAAGAACAUACUUUUAUUUCAACAAUCCAAAUUUAUCUUAGGACAUUUGAAAACAUAAAGUUGCAUUAUAUUUAUCCUAUUGAUUUUAGUCUUAAGUAAUACAAGUAUUGUAUCCCUUUGAGAUCAGAAGGUCCAUUGGAUUGGUGGUGUUAAGUUUACCAGUUUGUGAGAACAAUAAGGAUGUUGUGAAACCAAAAGCUAUAGCUUACUUUUUUUUCAGCUAAAAGUUGGUAUCUAACCACACACUGAACUCAGAUUCCAGCCAAACAUUUAACCUACUUGACCCAAUUUUACUGUAAAAUGAUAAGAGGGGUAUCUUUAUGAAAAUCUCAAAUUCAGUAAAGUUACUAGGCCAGGCUCAUCAGGGAAAGAUUUUUAUAACGAAUUUCUACAAUAGAUCUUAGUGUAUUAUUGAAUACUUUGUAAAUAAGUAAUAUUGUGGUGCCAAUGUUCCAUAGACUAGAACUCAAUUUUCACAAAUGUUACCAAAUCACUUUCAUAAUGUUUGUUAUACUAUCAUUUCUUUUCAUGCCCACCCCUUUUCUUUCUAACUUAGAUCUAUUGUUGUAUUUCAGCCAGUUAAGUGGUUGUAGAAGUCAACAUGAGUUGAUCCUUAUGUUGAGAUACCAAUUGAUAAAUCCACCGAAGGCUUCAAAUAGUGUGCAUCUAUUGAUUUUAAUAGUUUUUUUUUGUGUUCAGCAUAUGUUUUGUCUCUGAAGAUUUUUGUAACAAACAAUGUAAUAAAUUUGUUUUUCUGUGGA